AUGUGGUUCGCACAGGCCGAGGCGCAGUUUGCUCUGGCCAAUGUGGUGCGCGACCAUACAAAGGUCUACCACAUCAUCGCAAAAAUUGACCAAUCCGUCAUUUGCCAUGUGACAGAUUUGGUCACGAAUCCGCCAGCCAAUAACAAAUACGACACCCUCAAACAGCGUCUGAUUUCCCGAUUCCAAGUAUCCGCACAAGGUAGAUUGGAGCGGCUGCUGAGUGCUUGUGAUCUUGGAGACAUGCGUCCAACCCGUCUACUUGCAAAAAUGCAAGAGAUCGCUACUGGACUGAAUGUAACAGACGAUUUGAUGAAGAUGCUAUUCCUUCAGCGGAUGCCUCCCAGCGUGAAGGCCGUACUUUCAAUCAGCGACGGAACUAUCGGGAAGUUGGCGGAGAUGGCAGAUAAAAUGAUUGAGCACCCAUCCUCCCACAUAGCCGUCGUUUCAAAUGUAGCUUCUGCUUCGGAUACCGUUGCUGAUCUACAAAACCAGGUUGCGGCUUUGACGGCUGAAAUUAGGAACCUGAAAGCGACACGCGGCGCAUUCCGAAGUCGAUCAACAUCUAGAUAUUCAAGCCGUUAUCCGGAAGACGAAAUAUGUUGGUUCCAUCGCAAGUUUGGCAGUCAAGCUUUGAAAUGUCGGGAACCAUGCAGAUACAGUUCAAAAAACUAG